AUGAAUACAACAAGUCACCCUCCAGAUGCCUUGGGCAACGCCCUCGAGCUCGUCAACCAGGCAUUCGACCAAGUGCAGAAGAUCCCCGGCUCCUCAAUAGUCAUCCGAUACAUCCGCUCCAGCUACCAAGAUGAUCCCGUGCGCUCCGCCAUGGAGCUGUUCCUGUUCCUCUUCGCCGUCUACUAUCUGGUCUCGCCGGCAUACUCGACAAAGAAGCAGAAGCAGAUUCCUUUGACCGAAGAGGUGCGCCCCGACUACGACCGUCGAGGUCAACGUCUGUGA